CAAAAGAAAGACAUUUUGGGAGCAAAAUAAUUGAGGCAGGGACCCUGUCAUUUAACUCACCGCUCAGGCCUAUGUCGCCUGCCCCUCCCCCACGGAGCCACCUGCUCUCGCACUGUGUCUUCCUGUACCUAGAUGUGUUUAUGUAGAGCCUUCCAGAAAGCUCACAGGGGUGGAUUCCUCCCACUCACUUGCAUACACUGCCUUUCUUUUCUUUUUUUCUGAGACGGAGUUUCACUCUUGUCGCCCAGGCUGGAGUGCAGUGGCGUGAUCUUGGCUCACUGCAACCUCCGCCUCCCGGGUUUAAGCCAUUCUCCUGCCUCAGCCUCCCAAGUAGCUGGGAUUAUAGGCGCCCAUCACCAUGUCCAGCUAAUUUCUGUAUUUUUAGUAGAAAUUAGUAGGGGUUUCAUCAUGUUGGCCAAGCUGGUCUCGAACUCCUGACCUCAGGUGAUCCACCUGCCUCGGCCUCCCAAAGUGCUGGGAUUACAGACAUGAGCCAUGUUGCCUGGUCUGUACACUGCCUUUCAGAUAGAAAAUGCAUUGGGGAAACUGAGGCACGAGGUGGCAGGAAGUGGAGCCCCCAGCAGCCUGGAACACCGGACGUCUGUUGUCUGGCCCUGGGUGUUGCAUCUGCUUCUGCAGCGGGAGGCGGAGAUUGUGGCAGGAAGUCUGUUAACUGGGAGGGGGAGAGGGGGGUGAUGGGCCAGGAAUGGGGUCCCCGGGCAUGGUGCUGGGCCUCCUGGUGCAGAUCUGGGCCCUGCAAGAAGCCUCAAGCCUGAGCGUGCAGCAGGGGCCCAACUUGCUGCAGGUGAGGCAGGGCAGUCAGGCGACCCUGGUCUGCCAGGUGGACCAGGCCCCAGCCUGGGAACGGCUCCGUGUUAAGUGGACAAAGGAUGGGGCCAUCCUGUGUCAACCGUACAUCACCAACGGCAGCCUCAGCCUGGGGGUCUGCGGGCCCCAGGGACGGCUCUCCUGGCAGGCACCCAGCCAUCUCACCCUGCAGCUGGACCCUGUGAACCUCAACCACAGCGGGGCGUACGUGUGCUGGGCGGCCGUAGAGAUUCCUGAGUUGGAGGAGGCUGAGAGCAACAUAACAAGGCUCUUUGUGGACCCAGAUGACCCCACACAGAACAGAAACCGGAUCACAAGCUUCCCAGGAUUCCUCUUCGUGCUGCUGGGGGUGGGAAGCGGGGCUGUGGCCGCGAUCGUGUUGGGUGCCUGGUUCUGGGGCCGCCGCAGCUGCCAGCAAAGGGACUCAGGUAACAGCCCAGGAAAUGCAUUCUACAGCAACGUCCUAUACCGGCCCCGGGGGGCCCCAAAGAAGAGUGAGGACUGCUCUGGAGAGGGGAAGGACCAGAGGGGCCAGAGCAUUUAUUCAACCUCCUUCCCGCAACCGGCCACCCGCCAGCCGCACCUGGCGCCAAGACCCUGCCCCAGCCCGAGACCCUGCCCCAGCCCCAGGCCCGGCCACCCCGUCUCUAUGGUCAGGGUCUCUCCUAGACCAAGCCCCACCCAGCAGCCGAGGCCAAAAGGGUUCCCCAAAGUGGGAGAGGAGUAAGAGAUCCCAGGAGACCUCAACAGGACCCCACCCAUAGGUACACACAAAAAAGGGGGGAUGGAGGCCAGGCACGGUGGCUCACGCCUGUAAUCCCAGCAGUUUGGGAAGCCGAGGCGGGUGGAACACUUGAGGUCAGGGGUUUGAGACCAGCCUGGCUUGAACCUGGGAGGCGGAGGUUGCAGUGAGCCGAGAUUGCGCCACUGCACUCCAGCCUGGGCGACAGAGUGAGACUCCGUCUCAAAAAAAAAAAAAAAAAAAAAAAGAAGCAGGAGGAUUGGGAGCCUGUCAGCCCCAUCCUGAGACCCCGUCCUCAUUUCUGUAAUGAUGGAUCUCGCUCCCACUUUCCCCCAAGAACCUAAUAAAGGCUUGUGAAGAAAAAGCAAAGCUGGUGUUUGUGGCGAUUUGGGAGUGCUAAAAAGAUCUGAAGAAAUCGGGUGCGGUGGCUCACGCCUCUAAUCCCAGCACUUUGGGAGGCUGCAGUGGGAGGAUCACUUGAAGCCAGAAGUUUGAGACCAGCCUGGGCAAUAGAGCAAGAAGACACCAUUUCUACAGAAAAUUUAAAAACAAGGCCAGACGCGGUGGCUUGCGCCUGUAAUCCCAACACUUUGGGAGGCCGAGGUGGGCGGAUCACCUGAGGUCAGGAGUUCGAGACCAGCCUGGCCAACAUGGUGAAACCCCGUCUCUACAAAAAAUACAAAAUUUAGCUGGGCGUGAUGGUGCAGCUGAUGUCUGUGGUCUCAGAUAUUUGGGAGGCUGAGGGGGGAGGACCACUUCAGCCCUGGAGGUUGAGGUUGCAGUGAGCUGUAAUUAUGUCACUGCCCUCCAGCCUAGGUGGUAGAGUGAGACCCUGUCACAUACACGCACCAAAAAGACUUAAGGGGUCAUCUGGGGUCCCAGAGCUCUCAGGGGUGGCUGGAGAGGCCCACUGUGGCCGAGGGACUUUGUGGCAACUCAAAGCCCCCCUCCCACCUUAUAAGGACAAAUCCAAGGAGGAGGAAGUGGUACUCUGGCUUCCAAACAGUCCCCUGCCAUGGAAGACCCCCCUGCAGCUGGCAUCACCCCCAGGCAGGCCUGGAGGUGGGGAGAGGAAGGGGGAGGUCAGGGGAUUCAUGGUGUUUACCAGCCCCCCAGGUCUCCUGCCUGCCUGUCACCUUGAAGUGACACCAGCUAGGCCCAGCUCCCCUCCCCUACUUCUGCUGUUUCCAUGGGGACAGAUGUCCUUUCUGCAGAUCAAGCCACUGCUGCCGGGAGGAGGGAGCGGGGCUGGCCCGAGAGCCUGGCCCCCCUCAGUUUCUCCAUCUUUGUAUCUGUCGGUUUCUAUGGAGUGCGGUUUUUAAUCUGCUCCACGACGCUCUGUCUCUUGCUGAGUUCUGGUCCCUCCCUAUGGGAGAUUCAGGUUCCAAUCCCAACUCUGUCCCCAAAACAAAGUGCUGGGGAUGUGCUUGGCCCUCAAGGCCUCGAGGGUUUUUUAUGUUUGUUUGUUCUGAGACGGAGGCGUUUCACUCUUGUUCCCCAGACUGGAGUGUAAUGGUGCGAUCUCAGCCCACUGCAAUCUCCGCCUCCUGGGUUCAAACGAUUCUCCUGCCUCAGCCUCCCGAGUAUCUGGGAUUAGACGCAUGCGCCACCACGCCCGGUUAAUUUUGUAUUUUUAGUAGAGACGGGGUUUCUCCGUGUUGGUCAGGGUGGUCUCGAACUCCCAACCUCAGGUGAUCUGCCUGCCUCAACCUCCCAAAGUGCUGGGAUGACAGGCGUGAGCCACCGUGCCCGGCCUCCUCCAGGGUUUCAAUUACCCCAUCAUCCCCCUCUCCAGGGCUGCUUAGGGCUUUCCCGCUGGGAGUCAACGAU